AUCGCCGGUCCCUCUUGAGCACGGUCUUACGGGCUUGGCGGGGUGAAAGGUUGCGAAGAUGGCGACGGCCUUGAGCGAGGAGGAGCUGGACAAUGAAGACUAUUACUCGUUGUUGAACGUGCGCAGGGAGGCUUCUUCUGAAGAGCUGAAAGCUGCCUACCGGAGGCUUUGUAUGCUUUACCAUCCCGACAAGCACAGAGACCCAGAGCUCAAAUCACAGGCGGAACGACUGUUUAACCUUGUUCACCAGGCUUAUGAAGUGCUUAGUGACCCCCAGACCAGGGCCAUCUAUGAUAUUUAUGGGAAGAGAGGACUGGAAAUGGAAGGAUGGGAGGUUGUGGAAAGGAGGAGAACGCCCGCUGAAAUCAGAGAAGAGUUUGAGCGGCUGCAGAGGGAGAGGGAAGAGCGGAGACUGCAGCAGCGCACCAAUCCCAAGGGGACCAUCAGCGUGGGCAUUGAUGCCACCGACCUUUUUGAUCGCUAUGAGGAGGAAUAUGAAGAUAUGUCCGGAAGUGGCUUUCCACAGAUUGAAAUUAACAAGAUGCACAUAUCCCAGUCCAUCGAGGCACCCUUGACAGCUACAGACACAGCCAUCCUCUCUGGAAGCCUCUCGACCCAGAAUGGGAAUGGAGGGGGUUCCAUUAACUUCGCGCUCAGACGAGUCACUUCUGCAAAGGGAUGGGGAGAGUUAGAAUUUGGAGCUGGGGAUCUGCAGGGGCCUCUGUUUGGUCUGAAGCUGUUCCGUAAUCUCACGCCAAGAUGCUUUGUGACGACAAACUGUGCUCUGCAGUUUUCGUCCCGCGGCAUCCGGCCUGGCCUUACCACUGUCCUGGCCCGGAACCUGGACAAGAACACCGUGGGCUACCUGCAGUGGCGAUGGGGGAUCCAGUCGGCCAUGAACACGAGCAUCGUCCGGGACACCAAAACCAGCCACUUCACCGUGGCGCUGCAGCUUGGAAUCCCUCACUCCUUCGCACUGAUCAGCUAUCAGCACAAAUUCCAGGAUGACGAUCAGACUCGUGUGAAAGGGUCCCUCAAGGCAGGCUUCUUUGGGACGGUGGUGGAGUACGGGGCAGAGAGGAAAAUCUCCAGCCACAGCGUUCUAGGUGCAACUGUCAGCAUCGGAGUCCCACAGGGUGUUUCUCUCAAAGUCAAGUUAAACAGAGCCAGUCAGACUUACUUCUUCCCCAUCCACCUGACGGACCAGCUCCUUCCCAGCGCUGUGUUCUAUGCCACCGUGGGGCCGCUCGUGGCCUACUUUGCCAUGCACCGUCUGGUCAUCAAACCAUACCUCAGGGCUCAGAAGGAGAAGGAAUUGGAAAAGCAAAGGGAAAGCACAGCCACCGACAUUCUGCAGAAGAAACAAGAGGCGGAAGCUGCUGUUCGGUUGAUGCAGGAAUCUGUCCGAAGGAUAAUCGAGGCAGAAGAAUCCAGAAUGGGGCUCAUCAUUGUCAACGCCUGGUACGGGAAGUUUGUCAACGACAAGAGCAAGAAGAGCGAGAAGGUGAAGGUGAUUGAUGUGACCGUGCCCCUGCAGUGCCUGGUGAAGGAUUCGAAGCUCAUCCUGACAGAGGCUUCCAAGGCUGGGCUGCCCGGGUUCUAUGACCCAUGUGUGGGUGAAGAGAAGAACCUGAAAGUGCUUUACCAGUUCCGAGGUGUCCUCCAUCAGGUGAUGGCGCUGGACAGUGAGGCGCUUAGGAUACCAAAGCAGUCUCACAGGAUUGAUACAGAUGGAUAAACUGCUAGAGAAACCAGAUUAAAAGAAGCUGCAAAAAGCCUUUUCCUGGGAGUCUACAAAUUUGGAAGCAGGGAAAAACCCAGACAUCAGAUGUGUUUAUUUUAUAUUAUUCCUGUAGAAGGUGGUACUGUACCAAUUAUGUGAAGGGACACACAGACACCCCACUGUCACGGGUGCUGUGGGUACCGCUGAGGCAGGCCCACCCGGACCAGAACUGCAGCACAGCCGUGUCUAUUUCCCCAAGGAUCAUGUGCCCGGAGGGAAGGGCCCUGGGCCCCGGCUGCCCCUGGGUCCCUCCCAGGCUCUUCAGCACGAGCUGGCUGCAGCCGCAGUACUUUUCGGUCUGUCUUGAGGUCAUUAGGGAACGUCCUGCCCUCACACACAGGACUGUGAACUGCUUUUCUAGAAUCCACACUGAACAUGGAAAGGAAGGAAGGCAUUCCCAGGAACGGAGGUCUCCAGUCAAGAGAGGAUCUGUCCCAUCAACUUCCCGAGAACCACCUUUUCCUGCUGAAGUAUGAAUCUGGAGAGGAUUGUGUGGGUUUAUAAAUCUGCUUUUUAUCUGAGAACGAAUGGUUUUGGAAAUUAGUCUUUUUUCCCUCCCAGAACUUCUCGAAUCAUUCCACUGGCACCUGCCUUGGGACGGUGGUGUAACUCACCGUCCCAUGGCCAUCCCUGUUACAAGUCACGUCCUUCGCGAAGCAACCCCCACAUCCUAGUGGGGAAGGGCUGAUGUCCCUCUCACCAGCCCCGCCCCACGCAGCUCAGCCAGCCUCAAUCAACUCUCGAGCGCUGGGAGCUCCGAGGCCGGCAGGUGGCGCUGCGGCUCCCCACACCUGUCAGGUCCAGCGCCCUCCCCGCAGGGGACUCCUUUCUGGGUGCCUGCUCCCAGGACCCUCUGUCUUCACUGGCCUCUGCUGGAUGCAGAUUAUCCUGGGAGCCAGGAUACUUCCAAACAGCCUGGUCUCUUAACUGCAGUACAGUCACCCAGUGAGCAGAGGCCCUGGGUGGUUGCUGGUUCUGACAGGCCCCUGCCGCUAUUGCUACAAUCUGGCUUCACUCCCUGACGUUGGUACCAGUGUAAUCGCUAAUAACCUCCUUCCUCCAAUUUUUUUUUUAAAAAAACAACACUUCAGGUUGUCCGAUCCUAUAAUAUUUAUCUCCAUUUUUAAAAAGUUUUUCUGAGCUGCUGCUCCGAAUGUGAAUUGUGCAAUAAUCAAUGCGAUUAGUGGGUCUGACUUCGGACACAGCCGUGGGCCCUCCGCGGCCGGUGGCUACCACUUCCCUCUUCAUUCUGCUUGAAAUGGACUGUACAGAAGGCACUCUUACCGCAAUAAACCUUUCCUGAAA